UGUUUGUUUCUCCAUCUGUGUGACUCUCUUCCCGCUAUAUAAAAUUGAGAAAUGUUAUGAUUGUUUGCAAAUUACAAUAGUUGAGAGUAUCAUAGGUUCCAAAGAAUAAAGCAAUGGCCACGCCCGCGGUUGUCCCUACUUCCAACCGCCAACCCACCACCGCCGUGGCCCCCUCUGACGCCGGCGUCGUCGCCGCCUUCGUUCCCAACCCGGCUUUCCGCUCCUUCCUUAACCAGAUCAUCGAGAACGUACGCAAUGGCCUUUCCCAGCGCCGCCCCUGGCGCGAGCUCGUCGACCGUUCCGCCCUCUCCAAGCCCGAAUCGUUAUCCGAAGCCACCCUCCGCAUCCGCAAGAACUACGCGUAUUUCCGGACAAACUACUACGUCAUCAUCGCCGCCGUGAUCGGAUUAUCGCUCCUCAGCAACCCUUUCACCCUCUGCCUCCUCCUCGCCCUCCUCGCCGCCUGGCUCUUCCUCUACGUCUUCCGCCCCGUCGAUCAGCCUCUCGUCAUCUUCGGCCGCGUCUUCUCCGAUUUCGAAAUCCUCGCCGCCCUCAUUCUCUCCACCGUCUUAGUCCUUUUCCUUACCAGCGUGGGACCCCUUCUCGUCACCUCAUUGCUCGUCAGCGUCGCCAUUGUUUGCGCCCAUUCAGUUUUCCGCGUCCCCGAAGAUUUCUACUUCGAAGAACAACAGGCUCAGGCUCAGGCUCCCCCCACGGGUAUCAUCUCCUUGUUGACGGGCGCUGCCACAAAAGCUGCCGCCGCUCCGGCCGCUGCGUCUCGGGUUUGAUCUGGAAUUCACAAAUUCAAUGCCGGGUUUUUUUGGGGGGUAAAUUUGUGAAAUUUUUAUUUUUCUUUUUUAGGUAGUUAUUAAGAAAAAUGACAUCAAAAUCAAAAUGAUGAUACCAUUUGUAAUUUAGAUUUGUGAUUCUUUUAAUUUAGGUGUAAAUGUAUCUUUUUGGUGAUGAUUCUUCACUUUUUGUUGGGUUAUACACUUAUUCAUGUGAUGAAUAUGCUUUCUAAAUUCACCCCGAGAGAAGCAGAGACCGCAGCACUCGUUGUCUGGU